GUUUUAGUGAAUCGGGCUACAAAAGUGUCACGCUUUUGAGCGGAUUUCCCACUCAUUUGAACGGAAAGUUAAGAGAUGGCACAAGAACACAAUAUGAUGGAUUCAACGUCGACUGCUGACUGGAGGCGUCGCUGUGCUGAUGAAGCUCUAGAAAUCUGUCGAACGAUGGCUAAACCUGAGAAGCCUAGACCUAACGAUAUGGAAAGGUUAUUGCCUCUUGUAGAGAAACUUGUUACACUACUUGUAGCUCUCCGCGAUUUAUCCGACGAUGACUAUAGGAAUCAUGUCCCAGAAUAUAUUAGUGAUAUAUUGAAGGAUAUUAAAGAAUCUGUUGGUCCGAAUAGUUAUGAAAUUGUGAGAAGUAAGAUCAAGCCUCAACUUGAACAAAUAUUAAGGGCUCGUGGAUGUACAAAUUUCACUUUCCCAUCAUAAAUACAGUCAUGCAUGUGUAUGCGUGUAUGCAGCGAUAUAUUCUCUAUGAUUUCAAAUUAUUAUUAUCAGUGUUCCGUUUUCUUGUUUUCUCAUUCGUUUCAUUAUCUGACAUUUUGUUUCGUUCAUUUGUGCAUUUACUCUUUAUAUAUUUAAAGACAUUUAAAUAAUGAUAAUCACACGUAACAGCUAAAACAUUAAGAAAAUAGAACACGUGUUUUUAAAAUUGUAUAUCAAUAUUCAUUAUAUAAUACACAGUUCUUGUAAGUUAAUGAAUAUAUAUAUAUAUGUCGAGU